AUGGCCACCGUGCCGCCAGUGCUAGUCCUGCAUGUUCUGCUCGCCGCCUGCGCCGCGGCGGUGGACGCGGCUGCGGCAGGGAGUAGCAAGGUGCCGGCGAUCUAUGUGUUCGGCGACUCCACGGCGGACGUGGGCAACAACAACUACCUGCCGGGCGGCGACGUGCCGCGGGCCAACUUUCCCCACAACGGCGUCGACUUCCCCACGUCGCGCCCAACCGGCAGGUUCAGCAACGGAUACAACGGCGUCGACUUCUUGGCUGUGAACAUGGGCUUCAAGCGCAGCCCGCCGCCGUUCCUCGCCGUGGCCAACAAGACCAACAAGCAGGUCUUCAGAGGUCUCCUGGGAGUAAACUUCGCCUCUGCAGGAUCAGGCAUUCUCGACACAACAGGGAGCUCCAUCAUCCCGCUGAGCAAGCAGGUGGAGCAAUUCGCCGCCGUGCAGCGCAACAUCUCCUCGCGCGUCGGCAACGGGGCUGCCGCCGACGCCCUGCUGUCGCGGUCCCUGUUCCUCGUCAGCACCGGCGGCAACGACCUGUUCGCCUUCUUCUCGCGGAACAGCACGCCGUCGGACGCCGACAAGCAGCAGUUCGUCGGCAACCUCGUCGCGCUGUACCAGAACCAUGUGAAGGCUCUGUACGUGCUCGGGGCGAGGAAGUUCGCGGUGAUCGACGUCCCGCCGAUCGGGUGCUGCCCCUACCCGCGGAGCCUGCACCCGCUGGGCGCCUGCAUCGACGUCCUCAACGAGCUGGCGCGCGGGUUCAACAAGGGCGUCAAGGCCGCCAUGCACGGCCUCAGCCUGAGCUUCCAGGGGUUCAGGUACUCCGUCGGGAGCUCCCAUGCCGUGGCGCAGAGCAUCAUGAAGCACCCUCAAAGGCUGGGGUUCAAGGACGUGACGAACGCGUGCUGCGGGUCGGGCCGGUUCAACGGGGAGUCCGGGUGCACGCCCAACGCGACGCUGUGCGACAACCGGCACGAGUACCUGUUCUGGGACCUGCUGCACCCGACGCACGCCACCUCCAAGCUCGCCGCCGCCGCCAUCUACAACGGCUCGCUCCACUUCGCAGCGCCCAUAAACUUCAGGCAGCUGGUGGAAGACGACCGAUACUAG